CCAAGCGUUGAAGGUGCCUAAAACAUGGGCAGACACAAUCGUGGGGUGCCUGGUCAGGCUCCAGUCUGGUCUUCCCAAUCCGUCGACGCGCCAUCGACUCCAGUGGCCUAGCCCAGUCAUCCGCGCCCAGACCCGAACCGACGUCAACUCAGGUUUGUCUGUCCGCUCAAUAUUAAGACUGCGACGACAUCAGCAGCGCGCGCAUCGAGCGACUCGCGCCCGCCAUCAUCCCUAUGCACCGAAUUGUCCUCAUAAAGACUUUACGAUUUGAUCAUUCUUUCAUCCUCGACCAUUUGCCCCAGGCGAGUCGCUACGACAACGUCAGCGACACGUCUCCUCUCGCUUAUCGUCGCACUUGAUCCCGCGACAAGCACCAACCAUCAUGGCUGGCGACGAGCCGACAAAGGACGCUUCCAAAAAGGACACCAAGUCCGGAACGAUCAAACUGAAGAAGGCAGCGCCUAAGCACAAACAACCCGGCAACUGGCGCGACGGCGGCAUUAUCGAUGAAACGAAGAGCAAGGGCUCUCCCGCAUCCACAGCUACCUCGCCAGGCCCCGUCGUCAACCAACUCGACGAGAACGCGCGCGAGACGUUCGCCACAGGUCGACCCCUCGAAGAUAGUCCCGAUUUGCAACAAUGCAAGCACUGUAAGAAGAGUGUUCUCAAGACGGCAGCAAAGGCACACAUUGCGCAGUGUCUACGCGUGAAGAAGGAAAAGGCACAGCGCAAGAAGGAGGCGCGUGAAGCGAGGGAACGCGCCAAGGAGGCCGCGCGCGAGGAGGAGGCGCGUAAAAACGACGACAAUGACGACGACGAUGAUGACGAGGACGGCGAUGGAGACUCCAAAGGGAAGGCUGGGAAGAAAGCCGCCGGCAAGAAACCUGACGAGAAGGGCAAGAAGCGCAAGGCCGACGGGACGUUGGAGGGUCCAAAGUCCAAGAAGAAGAAGGACGAGCCCAAGGCCAAGGCCCCCAAGACCAAAGGUCCAGUCGACGUCGAGCGGCAAUGUGGUGUCAUCCUGCCCAAUGGACAGGCUUGCGCUCGGUCUCUUACCUGUAAGAGCCAUAGCAUGGGAGCCAAGCGUGCAGUGCCCGGGCGAUCACUGCCAUACGACAUGCUCCUGGCUGCGUACCAGAAGAAGAAUCAGGCUAAGCAACAGAAGGCUGCACUGGACGCGACAGCUCCUCUAGAGGACGACGACGAUGCCGACAAUGGGCCCGUAGACUCGGACGAAGAGACUGCCGCGGUCAUGGCCAGCUUGGCCAAGUGGAGACCGCAACCUGUCGUGCCCCAGCCCGUCUUCCAACCGAUCAGACGACAGUACCAGCACCAGAGGCUGCACGAGCAGCUCGCCGUCGCUACGAAUGGAGGGCGGACAAACAUCUUUGCCGUCCGAAACUACCAGCGGCCGGCGACGGCCACGAUCAUCCCCGAGAUGCAGAUGCUGCCGCAGCCGCCGCCCCCCCCGCCUCUCCAGCAGCAGCAACAAUUCCAGCCCAUGAUGCUCGAUGGCGAGGACGCCCCGGGAGAAAUGGACAUUGGCAUGAUCAACUUUACCAACCCAACCGGGCCCCCGGUGCCACCGAGCAGGCAGGCUAGCGUUACAAGUCGUGGCUAAGUGGACCAGACUGGCGAAUGCAAAGCUAAGCUUGGAGAAAAGAAAGGGAAGCAGCGCUCCGAGGGUUCGACUAGCCGCACGUCCUCCUCUGUCAAGUCCGAGACCUCUACGGAGAGUGUGGUGUCCUCCAAGCGCGAGGAGGACUCACCUGCGCCUGCGCCUGGGUACCCGCCUGAGCUUGGAUUACCUCCCGGGACUAUGUGGCCUCGGGGAUUUGGCGCUCCACCCGAGUUCGAAGCGCCUACUGUGCUGAAGUUCCAUCCUGGCGUUGCGAUGUGUUCUGGCAGUUACGUUGCUCCGGAGCUUGACUUGCCUUCCGAGCCCGAUGCUCCUGCUUUUCUCGACUUACCUCCAGGAUUACCUCCAGGAUUGGAGGUACCUCCUGAAGUUGGGUCCCCUCCUGGGCUUGGGUUCCCUCCU